UCAUCAUCAACAAUUGAAAAAGAGUCGAUUCUUUUUGUAUUUACAAUUUAAUUGAUUCCUUAAAAGGGUCCAGAGCGACCUGUCACAAAGAAACAGAGACAACGCCACAUUCUGUUUAGUUCGAGACAAACACACCCUCACGUCUCCAAAUCUCAUACCCGUUCGGGAGGAUUCGUGUUCUUGGCGAUACGGGAGGCGAUCAUCAUGGAAAUCGCGGCAAUCGGCCAGAUCUGCUCAACGGCGUCGAUCAAGGGUAAUCUGGAACAAUGUGUCAAGUUGGUGGCGAGUGCGGCGCAGGGUCAAGCAAAAGUACUCUUCCUCCCUGAGGCUUCGGACUAUAUCGCCCCAGAUGGGCAAACAUCACUACAACUUGCAGAGCCGCAGUCAACGUCCCCUUUCGUAAAGGGUCUUCAGGAGGCAGCCCGCGAGCACAAUGUCGCUAUUCAUGUGGGUAUUCACCAUCGUGAAGAAGGGCAAGACCAAUCGAAGAGGAUUCUUAACCGGGCGUUGUAUAUCACGGCCAAUGGAGACAUAAACGAUGCAGCAACAUAUGAUAAGCUUCAUGUGUUUGACUAUGGUAAUCUAAAGGAGAGUGCAACAGUGCAGCCUGGAUCAAGUCUUACAGCACCGUUUGGCUCCCCCAUAGGUCGCAUCGGAAGCCUCAUCUGCUUCGACUUACGAUUCCCAGAGGCAGGCUUAGCACUCGCACAACCAGGACCUCACAGCGCAUGGAAGAACAAGCCAGCACAGAUCAUCACAUACCCAAGUGCAUUUACCCUUCGAACAGGUGCAGCACAUUGGGAGACUCUUCUCCGCGCCAGGGCCAUUGAGACACAGAGCUAUGUCAUUGCAGCGGCACAAGUUGGAAGACAUAAUGAGAAACGAGCCAGUUGGGGACAGAGUAUUGUUGCUGAUCCAUGGGGGAAUGUUGUCCUGAAGUUGAAGGGCGUGCAAGAGGGAGAGCCUCAGGGGAUUGCUGAAGAUGGUGCGGAGGGUGAGAUUGGGUUUGUUAAUAUCGACCUUGAGCAUUUAGAGAAGGUUAGGAGGGAGAUGCCUCUUCAGAGGCGAAUUGAUGUUUAUCCUGAGUUGUAAUCAAGACAGAUGGACUGUGCAAGCGUAUAACAUCACAGAGAACAUAUUUCGAUUCAAGAUCGGAACCAGCAAGUGGAAGGAAGAGCUAAGCCUUUAUGUCAGCAUUUACCAAAAGUUCAGGUUAUUGAUAGUGGUUCUACAAGGUGGCAUGGAUACGGACUUCAUAGUACUAUCAUCUGAUGCUAAAGGGCUGCAAUCAAGAUACGGCUCAGUCCACGAAGCAAUACCAUACUAUACUCAGUGAUAUUCAUACUACACAAUUAUUCGACCACUGUUCAGCUGUUAUUCCGAGUUUCUUCAUAGUCAAUGCAACUUAUGUUUUUAAAA